GCGGUCGGAGGUCGCUCCAAGAUGGCGGGCGUGCCGGCGGUGCGCAUCAGCAUCGAGUCGGCGUGUGAGAAGCAGGUGCAGGAGGUGGGGCUGGAUGGCAGCGAGACCUACCUGCAGCCGCUCUCCAUGUCCCAGAACCUGGCGCGCCUGGCGCAGCGCAUCGACUUCAGCCAGGGCUCCGGCUCCGAGGAGGACGAGCCGGCUUCGGCGGGCCGCGCCUGGGCCGAGCCGGGCGAGGCGGAGGAUGAGGAAGGGUUGGUAAAGUUUCAGCCAUCCCUCUGGCCUUGGGAUUCAGUACGGAACAACUUAAGAAGCGCCUUGACUGAGAUGUGUGUGUUGUAUGAUGUUCUUAGCAUUGUGAAGGAUAAAAAGUUCAUGACCCUAGAUCCAGUUGUGCAGGAUCCCCUUCCCCCAAAACAGAAUCCUCAGUUUUUACAGUUGAUUUCAAAAAAGAAGUCAUUAGCUGGAGCAGCUCAAAUCCUGUUGAAAGGUGCAGAAAGAUUGUCCAAAUCAGUUGCAGAAAACCAGGAAAAUAAACGACAAAGAGACUUCAACUCUGAACUGCUAAGACUGAGACAACACUGGAAACUGAGAAAAGUGGGAGACAAAAUUCUUGGUGAUCUGAGCUACAGAAGUGCAGGCUCCCUUUUUCUUCACCAUGGUACGUUUGAGGUUAUAAAGAACACUGACAUUGACCUGGAUAAAAAGAUACCUGAGGAUUACUGUCCUUUGGAUGUUCAAAUUCCAAGUGAUUUAGAGGGAUCAGCCUAUAUCAAGGUUUCUAUUCAGAAACAAGCUCCAGACAUUGGUGACCUUGGGACAGUCAAUCUCUUUAAAAGACCCAUGCCAAAAUCAAAACCAGGCUCUCCACACUGGCAGACAAAGUUGGAAACUGCACAGAAUGUUCUUUUAUGUAAAGAAAUUUUUGCCCAGCUGUCACGAGAAGCUGUUCAAAUUAAAUCACAAAUUCCUCACAUUGUUGUGAAAAAUCAGAUAAUCUCCCAGCCUUUCCCAGGUUUGCAGUUGUCUAUUUCUCUGUGUCACUCUUCCAAUGACAAAAAAUCACAAAAGUCUGCUUCUGAAAAACAGAAUCCAGAGGAUCAUCUCUAUGUUCUGGAACAUAAUUUGCAUCAACUUAUCCGAGAGUGUCACAAGCAAACCCUGAGCUCAACAGUGAUGCCACAUCCAGCUAGUGCGCCUUUUGGCCAUAAGAGAAUGAGACUUGCAGGACCCCAGACUUUUGAUAAGAAUGAUAUCAGUUCUUUACAGUCGAAUGAAGGACUUCUGGAAAAGAUAAUAAAGCAGGCAAAACAUAUCUUUUUGAGACGCAGAACUGCUCGAACCAUUGACAGUCUGGCUAGCCGUAUUGAGGAUCCUCAGAUUCAGGCCCACUGGUCCAAUAUAAAUGAUGUUUAUGAAUCCAGCGUUAAAGUUCUAAUAACUUCUCAAGGAUAUGAACAGAUAUGCAAAUCCAUUCAACUACAGCUGAACAUUGGAGUAGAACAGAUCAGAGUUGUGCAUAGAGAUGGAAGAGUUAUUACGUUGUCCCAUCAAGAGCAAGAACUGCAGGAUUUCCUUUUAUCUCAGAUGUCACAGCACCAAGUACAUGCAGUUCAGCAGCUUGCGAAAGUUAUGGGAUGGCACGUGCUGAGUUUCAGCAAUCAUGUUGGUCUGGGGCCGGUGGAGAGUAUUGGCAAUGCAUCAGCAAUAACUGUAGCAUCACCAAAUGGAGAUUAUGCCAUUUCAGUACGUAAUGGUCCGGAAAGUGGCAGCAAAGUUAUGGUUCAGUUUCCGCGGAGUCAGUGCAAGGAUCUCCCCAAAGGUGAUGUACUGCAAGACAACAAGUGGAAUCAUCUUCGAGGGCCGUUCAAGGAAGUGCAGUGGAAUAAAAUGGAAGGGCGUAACUUUGUGUAUAAAAUGGAACUCCUCAUGGCUGCCCUAACUCCAUGCUAAUAAUCUGUCAGCCUCUCCAUGGGGGCUUUGAAUCAUCGCUGUGCUGCGAACGAUCACUGCCCAUGCAGCAAAGGGAAAUGGAACCUGUGGGUCAAUACAAGAAAGCAAAACCAAAUUUUUCCUGUACAGAUAGGUCCAUUGUAGUGUUUGCAGUAAAACUUUUUUCAAUGAUAUAUAAAAUACAACUUCAAAAAAGUUCCUUUUGGCUGUAUCUUUGCAGAUUGCUCUAGCUAGAGCAACAUAGCUGAGUAAUUAAUCUAUUUUUCUUUUACAAAAUUAAAUUCAGUAGUCCUUUGCUACAUGAAAGGUGUCUGCUCAGUGUCAUUCCCUUUCCCCUUGUGCCCCUACUUUUUCUCAGUAGAUCUUUGCAAGUAUUUCUGAAAGAUGAAAAUUAUUAGAAUUGAAUUGUGCUAUCGAUAAGCCUUUUAGUGGCUUAUACCCCAGGGAAUGGCUAUCCUUGUGGAAGCUAAUGGACUUGUUUGAUGGGAAGUGGGAAAACCGAGGAGAAGCAGAGCUCCCUUGUCAACAAUUAAGGCUAAACAAAACUUCAGAAUCAAGGGACAGUCUUGACUGCAUGACAUUCUUUAGUUGGAGUUUGUACAUUGACAUGGCUUCUGAGUGACCCAUUUCUUUUUGAGACAUACAUUUACUUAGGGAUUUGUUUAAUUUGAGAGUGUUACAAAGUCACAGCCUGUGGCAAAGGUCUUCCUCUCUGAUGGCUAUAGAUGAGCCUGUGUGGUGUCGGUUAUUUUGUUUGUGUUUUCUGUCCUUGCUUUUUGCAAGCAGGUAGAGGAACGGGUCUUACUCUGCUUGCAAAAUUUUGACAAUUUGAGUUUGUGGGUGACUUGUAUAAAUUCAUGUCUGGAUAGAAGCAGGUAACUCCCAUGCAGUAGACCUUGGAUCUCUACACUUCUGCUGUUGUUUGUUUUGGUUUUUUUUUCUGCACUGUCACUGAUUAUCAUCCAGGGAAACAAUAUCCUCCUGAAGAUCAGCUCUUUUGAUUUCUUUUAAAAUAAAAAAGUCAUGUUUAUGUCUUUUCGUUGUAAUUGUAGCCUUCUUGAAGCUUCUGGUAAGGUGUUGCACAAAGCUUUUCUUUUGUUUGAUGAUUAAUUGCUAAAGGUCUUUUUGAAACCUGAGUGUAUGAACUGGUUCAGACCUAGGUCCAUAUUGUAUGUUGGGAGGUGUGUGUAUAUACGAGAACUUCUUGCACAUAGAACAUGUUUGAAUUUAACAUCAUACUUGUAUGGUGACAGUUGUUAUUUUGCUGUAUUCUUGAGCAAUAAAGAUUAGUUGGAAUAGAUAUUAAGCAACUGCUUGUGGCAAGUUGCUGCUCAGUGCGUAUCCAAAGCAGCUAUUGUACUUAAGUUGGUGUUUACCAGUGUAGAACAUCUUGUUAUUUCAGUUCCUUGCAGUACUUGCUUCUGUGCAACUGAACUGUGAGAGAGAAAGGGUUUUCCUUUCAGGUUCUGAUGAGUUACCCAAGACAACUUAUGAAACAGAAAAAAUACUAGCUGAAAAUAGUCUCUUGAUCUUGAAAGAUGGGUGAAUCUUAUGCAACACCUGUAAUGCCAGGUCCCACAUUGCUUGACUAGCAGACACUCUGUGAUUACAGGCGGAGGGGGGUUUUUUUUCCUUGGUGAACAACAGUUCAGCCAACAGCUUGAUGCAUCUAUUUGUGCAUCCGAUUAUAUGUGGCUGUUUUGACUCUUGGCAACACAACAAAUCUCCUCUUGCUAAUAAUUAGAAGAUGAGCGUAUGAAACUUAAAUGUAUCUUUACAUUUCACUGUUACUAACUUAAAUUGACACGUCUGCAUGUAGUGAUCGCCUUUUUGUCAAAUAAGCUCUUCAUUACCAAGUAAUAGGAUC